UCCGAGACCCCACGUAGGACCCAUGCAUUUCAGUUUACCUUCAACCGCCAAGGAGAUCGUUUGGAACUUGUGAGCGUUUCGCCGUCGUAGUCGUCAUCAUCGUUUUCCGUUGCCAUCUUUUUUCCCAUGCUCGAUGACGUCUCGGCAAAACACUCGGUAGACUGGUUCGCGUGUGCAUCGCGAGGAGGGCACCAAAUCGCCCUCUGGGGGUGCAUCGUCGUACGGUCGUGCGGGGGAGUUCGAGGCGCUUGCGAAGAAAAGUGCCCUUGGCAAAAGCGAUUACUCGAGGCACCGCUGCGCUGCACUGUGUGUACUGUAGAGACAAAGAACCGGAACCUGACGUCUGUGUCGCCCCAAGUCGCCGUUGUAGCUACGGUCAGGCGAGAUACGUUGGACGACACGGUGGACCUCUAGCCCGCUGCAGCUCCGUUUUCUUCUGACAGUAUCGAAAGUGAAAUUGUCCGUGGCGGUUCGGCACGUGUGUGUGUGUGUGUGUGGUUGUACGUGAAGUGGGGAGAAAGAAGAUAAAAUUCUCAUCAUCCGUCUUGCUGUAGUUGGCCGGGCCCUAGGUCUUCCGAGUGGGUUCAUUGUCUCCCCGGUCUUUGUGGCCACAGCAGAGCGGAUCUAAUAAAGUCCCUUAGGUCGACGGCUUUCGACUGUAACGUUUGUUGUUGUGCAAAAAGGCCAUAGGAAACGAUCUGCGCUAAUGGCUUUCCAUCCAGUGCAAGUCAGUCAAGUUAAUAAAAAGAUAAUGUAAUACCCGUCGGGCAAGAAGUACGUAGUCUCAGUUCGUAACAGCGCACGUUACUUGGCUGAGCGCCACCGUCUGGCGAAGGUGAAGAAAAGUGAAAAAGUUUACACCCGAAACAAAAUAUGACCUAAUUGCAUAACGGACGAGCCAACCGCAACGAUUCAGCGCAGCAUUUUUGUUGUCUACCUUGAGUCUUGUGUCGCUUUUUUCGGGGGUGGAAGACAGAAGACCCGCGAAACCGUGUCGAUUCUCCCGCAUUUCUUCGGGCAUUGUGUUUCUGUGUCGUCGCAACCGCCACCGGGUGUAAACGAUUUCGUAAUUUUGGCAAUGAAGAGCAGUGAGUUGAAGAAUCAAGUGCUGAAGAAAAAUAGUUGGCGAAGGCAAGGGGAAACUCUCUCACGGAGGAUGGUUUUGCAUAAUAGUGGAGCUGCGCGUGGAAAACGAAAGGGAACGAACAGUUCCCUGAAGAAGUGGUCCAGUGAUAGCGUGAUGAAGAAGUUUGUUGCUUUUUGGGUCGUGCUGUCGUGUGUGGGACACGUUGUCCGGGCAGAAAGGACUCCAUCGCCGAAACAGGAGCAGGAUAUACUGAUUUUGGAUGCAUUGGGGAAGAGGCAGCAGUUCGGGAGCAAUCUGGAUUAUGGAUCAAACUCCAUAAUGGAGCUUCUGGGAAGAAUGAUCCCCCAGACGUGCCGGCACAAGGGCCGCAAGUUCGAGUGUGGUCUGUCGAUUUCGUGCGUAUUGGGCGGCGGUAAACCGGUCGACCUCUGCUCCGGUGGAAUGAUCUGGUCCUGCUGUAUCGAUCGGGAUUUCCACCAGCAGGAUCAGGAUCUGGAGGCGGGUGCCAUCCACAACGCCAGUGACAUUAUCAAUCUGUUUGAUUUCUACCCCUCGCCAUCGUCGUCCUCGUCGUCGGCAUCAUCCUCACCACACUCAUCGAGUAACAACGCCCAUCAAAAUCGUCCCCCACCUGGGACAACUCCGGCUCAGAUUCCAGUCUACUCAAACUCCGGAAAUUACAACUCCAAACCAUCGUAUCAACUCUACCCGGUGACGAGCACAAACCCUCCGGAGUGGGGCUACGAGAGCAAUCACCUGGGCAACGGUUUAAACUCUGUAUUUCAACCACAGAAACCGAUACCUUAUCGGCCGUUACAACCCCAGUCUCCGAUCAACUUCGGUGGAGGUGGCACCGGGAGUGGAAGCUCUCUACACGACGAAAACCCUCACGGACCGAUGGCCAGUGCCAUCUACAGCGACCGGCCGUUCAGCUUCGGGACGCGACCAACGACCGGUUCGAUCUUCAACACCGGCAACGGUAUCGUCAACAAUCAACGACCGUCCGUUUUCAACUACCAGGGACAGCAGGAGGACGAUGGCUAUGGAAUCGAAAACGGUUGUGGCGAGUUGUACACCAGAACCAACCGGAUUGUGGGCGGCCACUCUACCGGCUUCGGUACGCAUCCGUGGCAGGCGGCACUCAUCAAGACGGGCUUCCUGACGAAGAAGCUCAGCUGCGGAGGGGCACUGGUGUCGAACCGGUGGAUUGUCACGGCGGCUCAUUGUGUUGCGACAACCCCAAACAGUAACCUAAAGGUGAGGUUAGGCGAGUGGGACGUGCGGGAUCAGGACGAGCGGUUAAACCACGAGGAGUAUGCCAUCGAGCGGAAGGAGGUGCAUCCCAGCUAUUCGCCGAGCGAUUUCCGGAAUGACAUUGCGCUGGUCAAACUGGAUCGUAAGGUGGUUUUCCGGCAGCACAUCCUGCCGGUUUGCCUCCCACCGAAGCAAACCAAGCUGGUGGGUAAAAUGGCCACCGUCGCCGGCUGGGGCCGAACUCGGCACGGCCAAAGCACAGUUCCUUCGGUUUUACAGGAAGUUGACGUGGAAGUGAUACCGAACGACCGUUGCCAGCGGUGGUUCCGGGCGGCCGGUCGCCGCGAAGUCAUCCACGAUGUGUUCCUGUGUGCCGGCUACAAGGAGGGUGGCCGCGACAGCUGUCAGGGUGAUUCGGGAGGACCGCUGACACUGACGUUGGAGGGUCGCAAGACGCUAAUCGGACUAGUGUCGUGGGGAAUCGGAUGUGGGCGGGAGCACCUGCCCGGAGUGUACACCAACAUUCAAAAAUUUGUGCCUUGGAUCGAGAAAGUCAUGGGAAAGGAGUAUUCGUAGAGCGCGGGUCGGGAUCGUACCCGCGGUAGGAGACGGAAUGUGUAAAUAGUCAAAAACCCCUUACUAAGUAGGAAUUAAGAGAGUUGAAAGUAGUUCUAUAUCAUCUAAACAAGAAUCGAUCAUUUACCAUGAUGUAAAUUUAACGGUACACGCUGUUAUUGAAGCGAUAAUAAGUUCUAUAAGAAAACAAGUAUUGGAUCAUGUGAAAGAAGAACGCAGUGCGGUAGUAAUUUAUUUGUAAUUUAUUUUCGCUAGAGCUCCGAUUUGAAUCGCGUAUUUAAGAACUGAAAAGAUCGUACUGACAUUACCAUGCUUAAAGUUUCUGAUAGAAUGUAGGUUAGAAGAUAAUAAACGAAUGUUCCAAGAAA